AAGCAACCCUCUCACACAAAUAUUUACUCUCGUACAUGUUCCCCAACAAAAAUGGCCACCAUAGCCAGAGAUGAAUCCGACUAUGACAGCAGCUGCUCCUCCUCGAUAACCGUGCCGGACUCGACCCGGAGCUGGAUGAGCAACCUCAGCUUCGGCAGCCGCCGGAGCUCGGUCUCUGUCUGCUCCUCCACUGACACCUCUCUUCUAAGCUCUCACAAGCCCCACAAGGCUAACCAGGCCGCAUGGGAAGCCGUGAGGCGGCUCCGGAGCUCAAAAGGCCGAGUGGGGCUCGACCACUUCCAGCUCCUCCGCCGUCUCGGCAGCGGAGACCUCGGGAACGUCUACCUCUGCCAGAUUCGGAACCCGGUGGUGGGGUUGCCGCAGUGCUUCUACGCCAUGAAAGUGGUUGACAAAGAAGCGCUUGCCAUAAGGAAGAAGCUUCAGAGGGCUGAAAUGGAGAAGGAGAUUUUGGGUAUGCUUGAUCACCCUUUCUUGCCAACUCUGUACGCCGAGUUUGAGGCUUCUCACUACUCUUGCCUGGUCAUGGAGUUUUGUUCCGGUGGCGACUUGUACGCCGCUCGACAACGACAGCCAUUGAAGCGCUUUAGCAUUUCAUCUGCUAAGUUUUAUGCUGCUGAGACACUCCUUGCUAUAGAGUAUCUGCACAUGAUGGGCAUCGUUUACAGAGACCUCAAGCCAGAAAAUGUGCUGGUCAGAGAAGAUGGCCACAUUAUGCUUUCGGAUUUCGAUCUUUCACUCAAAUGCGAUGUCGUUCCGGAGCUCCUAAGGGCUAAACGGUGCUCGGAAGUCAACGACAAGGACGCAAAGUGCUCGACACCUUCUUGUGUUGCGCCCAUGCAGUCGUGUUUCUCAGCCUCCAGCAAGAAAAAGAAAGCUAAUAAUGUUACUACAAUAACAGAACGGGUUGAUGAUGUCCAAGAACUUGUCGCCGAACCAAUCCACGCCUGUUCGAAAUCCUUUGUCGGGACACACGAGUACUUGGCGCCGGAGGUGAUCUCAGGGCAAGGCCACGGGAGCGCAGUCGACUGGUGGACUUUUGGGGUGUUCUUGUAUGAAAUGUUGUACGGCCGGACACCUUUCAAAGGCGAAAACAAUGAGAAAACCCUCAUCAACAUCCUUAAACAGCCACUAACCUUCCCAAACAUUGGUUUGAGCAGCAGCAAAGGGUUUGAAGAGAUGGUGAAAGUUCAAGACCUCAUAGGGAAGCUGUUGGUGAAGAAUCCCAAGAAGAGAAUGGGGAGCUUGAAGGGUUCUGUUGAGAUCAAAAGGCAUGAUUUCUUCAAGGGUGUGAAUUUUGCUUUGAUUAGGUCGGUUAGACCCCCUGAGGUCCCUAGUGAUUUACGUAAGAUUAGGAGUAGAGCUAAUUUGUUACCAAAGUUAAGCAAGAAAGAGAGGGAUGAACCAUAUCAGAUCCCACAUCAUUUUGACUAUUUCUAAUUUGUAGAUGUAAAUAAAAUAAGGUAAAACAGAAAGCAAAUUAUCAUAUGUAUCAUGACACCAAGGAAAGAGCUGUUUUCCUUCUGUUUUCCCUACUAAUGAUAAGAUUGAGACAAUUGAUGUAAGACCAAGUCACUAUGCUUUGAAUUUACAUUUAUUUGUUUAUUAUAUGUAUUAA